UAUCAUUAUGAGUGUGCAAAAAUGGUAAACUUUCAAUUCUGAUUUAUUUGUUAUAUAGGAAUAUUCUUGAUACUAAAAAAUUGUUUACUUACUAAACAAGUAACUAUCCAUGAAAAGAUGUCUGAAGAUCAAGAAGUUGAUACUGCAUUAAUUGCUUUAGCUAUGCAUAAAUUAUCAAUUGAUAAUACAGAAGUUACUGAUGUUUUGACUGAUUGUAAUAUAUAUUUGAAUAAGUUAACCCGUUCAGAAUUGUACAAAUCAGCUGAACUAAUGGAUUUAAAUCUCAUAUUUGACUGUCUCAACACUACUGAUCCAAAACAGAUAGAGUCAAGUUGCCUAUUACUUCAAAAACUUUUAUCGGUAUUACCCCCAAACUCUGCUCUUAAUAGGUAUUCUUUGAGUAUUGAGCGAGCUUUACAGCAUCCAAGUGAUACUGUCAAGUCAACAAUUUUAUCUGAGUUGGAAAAAUUAUUAACAAUUGAUAAUUCUGUAGAAAUUCAAGUGGAUUUAGCAUGCAGUAUUAUUGAUAACUUAAAAAGUAAUGAUAUGUCUGUGUCUUAUAAUGCUGUCAAAUGCCUAAAGCAAUUUCAGAGUGUUGAGGCUCUUUCAUCUUUACCAAUAUUAACAAGAUUUCAAAGUAUUGUGAUGAUGGAUGCAAAAAUACGAACAAGAGUUUAUGAUGUAUUAUUUCAUUGGGCAAAGUCCAUUGAAGCUUUAGCACUUAUUAGUUCUAAGGGCUUGUUAACUAAUUUAGUGUCUGAUAUUACUAAUCAUGAUAUAAUGAUGCAAAUGGUUACCAUCCAAAUGCUUAUUCCAUUAAGUACUACUGAACAUGGAUUUGAUUAUUUGAAUUCUGUUGGAAUAAUUAGUGGCUUAUAUCGCCUACUAAGCUCAUGUCCUAAAGAAUUAGAUGAUCCUUCAGCUGUAAUUCUUAAUCCUAUUGUUUUGGAAUUUUUUGUAAAAAUUAUCAAAAUUAGACCACAUCUUAUUCUUUUAACAUAUACAAAAGUAUUCCAUGUAAUCUAUGAAGUUUUGAAGGAAGGUGAUGACCCUAUUCUUAUUGGUGUUGCAAUAAAAGGAAUUAAUUCAUUAGCAAUGUCUUGGGAUUGUAAAAUAGUAUUAGAUACUCCUAUACCAGGGUUAAUAAAUGAAGAAUCAGGAGAUGAUUGUUUAGAUCUUUGGAGUAUCUUAAUUGUAGAACUUGACCACUUUGCCACUAGUACUAAGACUGAAUUAAAAGCUAGCGCAAUACAAGCUAUUACUAGUAUUAUUCAAAUAGAGCAUGGAGAAUUAUUAUCAAUUAAUGAUAUGGUAACUCGCACUGAAAAGUGGUUUAAGAAUAUAAAAACUGAUCCUAUUAAAAAUAUUGUUCAUGCUGCAUGUAAAUUACCUUUCUCAGACAUUCAACAAGCAGGUUUUGAGUUAUUGUUAGCUCUGGUUGAACAACCAUGGGGCCAAGAAGAAAUAAAUAAGUGUCCAAAUUUGUUGGAUUUAAUAGUAAAAAGUAGCUCAUCAGACUGUACAGUAGUUGUUGAACUGAAAAAAAACAUUACAAAUGUUCUUCUUCAAUCAGAUACUGCAAAGAAUAUUUUUAAUGAAAAUAUUUUAUUAAGCUUAAAAAAUAAAUCAACAGUUAUUAAUAAUAAAACAGUUGAUAAUGAAGUAUUUGUUGAUGAUAUGGCUAUGCAGUAAAAAAAAAUGUAUAUUAUGUAUUUAUUACUGUUUAAUCACAAAUAAUUGUUUUAUAAUUUAUAUUUUUACAGUUUUUAAAAUUUUAUACCUAAGUAUAAUGUAAAAGUCUUGUAAAAUUUGGUAUAGAAUGGGUGCAUUAUAUAUGUGUCAAUGCAACAUUACUUAUUAAUAAUAAAAAUGUAUUGCAAAAAUCUACAAGAACAUACACUUAUGUAUAUAGUUUUUUAAU